AUGGGCCUCGAGGGCCGCGAAUGCGAAAUCAUGCAGUUCGGCGGCUGCUAUCUCGGCCGGAACCUCCAGAACAUCGGCGUCAUCCAGCGUCGGGUCGUGGAGGACGAACUGCUCGGCGCGGAGAUCGACCGGCAUAUCGCCGACGGCAGUCUCACCGCGUUGGCUUCAGCUAACCACGAGGAACGCCAGGACACCGUUACGGCCCUGAUCGAAGAGUUCCGCGUUGAAGAGAGCUUCGGCCAGGACGACUCCGGCGAACUGCGGGCGACUAUUGACACCGCCGCCCUGCAGGACGCGAUGGCACGCGUGCUGGCCGCUGCUCGGGCGGAGUGA